AUGAUGGUUAAAACUGAAUUUAAAGAUUAUGUUCAUGAAGUUCUGCACAUCUCUUGGAAUACGUCUCUCUUCAAUGAUAAAAAUAACUGCAGAUUUUUUGGAAUUCCAGAGUUUAAGAUGUGUGACACGGGAGAAGGGCUGUUCACCUUUCAGACACGAGAAGGAGAAAUGAUAUAUCAGAAAGUCCAUUCUGCAACACUGGCAAUAGCAGAGCAACAUGAAAGACUAAUGAUGGAGAUGGAGCAGAAGGCAAGGCUGCAGAGCAGCCUGUCUGAGCCCAUGACGUUGUCCAAGUCGAUCUCGCUCCCGCGCAGCGCGUACUGGCACCACAUCACCCGGCAGAGCAGCGUCGGAGAGAUCUACAGCUUGCAAGGUCACAGCCUCGGCUCGGCGAAGGUGUCCCGGGCGCAGACGUUCCCCAGCUACCCCUCGGAGCAGGGUGAGGAGCACCCGCAGCCCCUCUCGCUGGCCAGCAGCUACACCUUCAGCUACGGCUCGGGCCUGGUGCAAUGA